AUGGACGCAUUACUACGUGGUUUAAAGCAAAUGGGCACCGGUUUACGCUUUACUAUUGGUCAGGAACUUCUCAGUACUUCUCUCUAUAUUGCAUAUAAAGGGAGAUAUAAAGAACAUAAAGUAACAAUAUUUAAGUAUAAGGGUAAAUGGACUGAAGAGGCUUCAUUAGCCUUUCCUCUACUCAAGAAUAUUACAGAUCCAAUGCUUCCGAAGGUUUUUAUCUCACAGUUAACAAGUUCAGCUUUUUUUGUAGUAACGGAAAGAUUAGAGAGUUUUUCUAAUUCCUUUCCUAUCUUUCAAGGGUUUACUCGUAAGUGUUUAGCUGAUUUGAAUAAAAGACUGGGUAAAGCACAUGGGAUUAGUAUUGGAUUGAGUAGUGGGGUUAGUGAUUGGUACUUUACUAUGGCUGGUCGGCCGGUUAUUGCUGGGACUCUGCCGGUUUUCAUAGGUAAAGAGAGUAAUCAGAUGGAUGUAGAUAGGGUAGAUAGGGUAGAUAGGGUAGAUGAUGUAGGUGUGGGUAGUAGUAAAGCAAGUAGUAGUAAAGCAAGUAGUGGUAAAGCAGGUAGUGGUAAAGCAAGUGGUAGUGGUGAUGGGGGAGUGGGUUGGGAGACGGUUGAAAGUAAUGAACGGGUGGGGGAGAUAGUGGCCUUGGAUGAGGGACUGAACUAUUAUCGGGGGUACUCGGUGGCGGAACAGGGACGUAUUCAUGAUUUGAUUAGAGUGGUGGCUGAUGAUUUGCCGCCUGAGUAUAGUACGUUUGUGGCUAAUGUUCUCUUGGAAUAUAUAAAGGGGGCGGAAGGUGAAGCUGGGUUGGCGGCGGCUCGGGCUUUGUUAUUGUUGAAUCCAGUUGUACCGGGGCCGGCUAUGUUAUUUGCUAUUUCAACUCCGGGAGUGAGAGUGAUUGCUUUGCGGGGGUUGAAGGAAAUGCCGGAAGCUGUUUCUUAUGUGUUUAGUGAGUUUUGUGAUGGGUUCUUGUUGAGUGAUAGUAAUGUGCGGAUGGAGACUAUUAGUGCGGUGCCUGAGAUUAUUAGUGGGUUGAAUGUGAAGCAGCGGGAGAAGGUUUUGGUAGGGCUUGGGGCUUUGACUAAGAAAGGAAGGUCGAUGGAACGAGUGGCGGCGGCUGAUGUGGUUUUGGAUGGAUUUGUGGAGUUUUUGGAAUGUGCGACUACUCUUUAUGGGUGUCUGCUAUGUAUGAUGCAGAGUAGUGAAGUGGGGCCUAAACGGACGGGAAUUAGGUUGGCUAGUAGAUUAUUAGAAAUGCUUGAUCCACGGGCGAUGGUGAUGGAAGUAAUUCCAGUUGUGGCGGCUCAGUGUCUAGUGGCGGAAGUGGCUGGUGAUGCAGCGGAAGUAUUGGUGGCUUUGGCUACACGGACUCGUCGGGAGGCUGGUCGAAUUAAGGCGGACUGGCGUGUCCCAGGUAUUGGUGUGCUCGGUCGAGCGGCACCUAUUAAGGCGGAUCCGAAACUGGUUGCCCAACAGAAGAAGCCUGGGGAUAAGAAAGCGGGCAUCAAAACCACUCCUAAGAAGAAAGCUGAGAAGAAAGCCGAGAAGAAGAGCGAAAAGCCAGGCUGGGAUAAUCAUGAGUGGUAA